AUGAUGGCGCUGCUUUCGGCGGACCAAAACCUCCUGGCGCCAAACCUCACAGCAGCGGCGAAUGAUUUUGGCCUCGACAGCCACCAGAAGGACACUUACCUGGGUGGCUACGUGAUGGCGGCUUUCUUCAUGAUUGGCGCACCGUCAGCCAUCAUCUGUGGGUGGCUCACCGACAAGGUCAACCGGGUCCACCUGCUGUUUGCCAUCAUCAUCAUCGGCCAGGGUCCCUGCCUUUGCACCUACUUUGUGACCACCUUUUGGCAGUUCCUGGUGCUGAGGAUGCUCACGGGCGUUGCGGUGGGCGGUGUCUUCCCCCUGGUGUUCAGCCUGCUGGGGGACCUCUUCCCGGCCACGCAGCGCGCGGCGAUGGCGUCGCUGCUGCAGAUAGCCACGGGCCUCGGCAUUGGCGCGGGGCAGUUCAUCGCGGGCAUCGUUGGCCCCGCCACAAAUUGGCGCAUACCCUUCGUGCUGGUCGCGGCGCCGGCCUUGCUACUGGCCCUCAUCAUGGUGGCCACCACGCGCGAGCCGCCGCGGGGUGCGUUUGAGGAGGCCCUGCGUCACCAGUAUGCAGAGGGCCACGCCUACGAGGAGACCAUCUCCUGGGCCAAGGCCAAGCAGGCGCUGCGGUCCCCCAGCAACUGGGUGCUCAUCACGCAGGCCAUCCCCGGCUGCCUGCCCUGGGGCAUGAUGCAGACGUACUUCAACGACUACCUGUCGCAGGAGAAGGGCUUCACCGUGCAGGUGGCCACCCUGGUGCUGCUGCUCUUCGGCCUCGGUGGCGGCGUCGGCAUCAUCGCCGGCGGCGCCGCCGGGCAGCUGCUCUACAACUGGCGCAAGGAGGCCAUGCCCGUCAUGGCGGGCGCCUGCAUCAUGCUGGGCGUGGCCCCUGUCUACUACCUCAUCAACGUCGACCUGCAGGCGGCGGGCGUGCCGGCCACGCUGGCGAUGGCGGCGCUGGCUGGCGCGGUGGUCAGCGUGGCGGCGCCAAACCUGCGCGCCGCGAUGCUCAACGUCAACGAGCCCGAGACGCGCGGCGUGGCGCUGGCGCUGCAGAGCGUGACCGACGACCUCGGCCGCGGCUUGGGGCCGAUCAUCGUCGCGGCCUUCAUCGAAACUCUGGGCGGCCGCCGCAACGCCUUCAACCUGGCCGUCGCCGGCUGGCUGCCCUGCGGCGUCAUCAUAUUCGGCCUCUCGUUCUGCAUGCGCAAGGACGAGGCGGCCGUGCAGGACCGGCUGCGGCGGCACAGCCACGCGGCGGCGGUGGAGCGGCGGAGGACGGGCAGCUGCGGUUUGGGGGACGACGUGCUGAUCGAGGGCCCGCCCAGCCCUGUAGUAGUCGCGGCGCGCGCCGGCGACGGGGAGCGCUCCAGCAGCGGCAGCAUGGGCAGCGGCGUGGACGGCGCCCGCCUGCACGAGCCCGGCGGCACGGUUUUUGCGCACGUGCACCAGCGGCAGCCGUCGCCGCGGCCAGGGAGGUGGCGUCCUUACUAA